AAAAGUUGGCUGACAAACGGAAGAGCCUACUGGAUGAGAUGGCCAUCAAAGAACAUGAAACUGCUACUGAAAAUAAAAAGAAAGAAAAUGAUCUAAUAGACAAAUAUAAGGGUGAGAUUGAGUCUCUCCAGUCACAAUUGGAUGAAGAAAGAGAUAAAGUUAAACAUUUGAAUUCAUCAGUUGAUGAAUUAGCUGAUCUUAAGAGAAGAAUAAAGUCAAUGGAGAACAUGAAAGAAACUUAUGAACAACAACUGAAGGAAGCACAAGAGUCCUUCAGUAAAGAGAAAGGUGAACUAGAACUUAAACUGAGUGAGUUAGAUGGAGAGUAUAAAGAAAGAUUGACUGGACUGGAGACUGAGGCAGAGGAAGAGAGAAAGAAAGCAACUGAACUGAAGGAAAAGAUAACUGAACUGGAGUUAGAACUAGAUGAGAAGACACAGGAAAUUAACAUAACUGGAAAGAAAUCAUCUAAUCUUAUUAAAGAUCUAAAGCGUCAGCUUCAGGCAGCACAGAAGAGAGAGGAGAGACUCCAAGACUCAUUAUCAUCAUCAUCACCUCAUAUUGAAGUAUCAACUCCUAUCAGGCAAGACUCAAGACAUAGCAGGGAGAGUAGUUUAUCAUCUGUAAGAGGAAUAGGAGCAACUGGAGGAGCUGAACAAACUCAACAAGUAUGUCACUAGUAUAGCAAUACAUGUACACCAUUCAUAUGUUCAUUUCAUCUUUACUAAGUGGUUUCUUAUGAUAACUCUGUGAGUAAUGGGGUAUUAUUUCUUUAGAAGGUCAAACCACUAGCUUCUGAAGUUGUUUUUCAUUUAAUGUCAGAGGCAGGCUUUACUGGCGGCUAGUGAUUAGUUUAGCUUCUUCCUGUCCAGCUCGUUAGAGUUGUUUACUCAUUUCUAAUCUUGUUUGUUGUUUUGUCUUGGCUGUACUGUUUGUUGCUAUAGGAAUGAUAAUGGAGGAAUCAGGGAAGUUUUUACACAAUGUCUAACGCUUGCAUAUAAACAUGUACAGUUUGUUUUGUUAUGAUUAAUGCAAUGAGUCUUUUGUGUUUAAAAUGUGCAAACCAUAAGUACAUGUACAUGUAGAUACAUUAAUGAGUCUAUAAUGAAACCAAAGGAACAUAAUUAUGGUCACUGUGUCCUUUUU